AUGGCGCCCAAAGGCGCACAAUUUGCCAAGGAUGCGCUCUACAUGUCUCAUGUAGUAGUUGAAGGUCUGACAGCGUUGGCAAUGCUCAUCGCCCCUCAACAGCUUUUCCCAACAGCAGCUGCUAACUCCGCUAGCUCCGCUGACAUGCUGAUCCGCGGGAUUGGUGUGUGUCAAAUUGCGUUGAUCAUCCUUUACUGGAAACACUUGGGGCCCCUUGAAGCUUUUGGCUCUGGGCGUCUUGUGGCAGCACUAUUUGCUUGGCAACACCUUGCGUCGUUGGCAGUCGUAAUCUACAACGAUUUAAAAGCAGCAGCAGCCGCAACAGCAACAGCAGUACCAGCAGCAGCAGUACCAGCAGCAGCAGCCGUCAUGGUGGACGCUGUAGCUUCGCAACAGCAGCUUCACAAAAUAUUAUUGUCCUGGGACUACUUUGAUUUGUGGCGGCGAUGUGAAGGGGGGGGAGGGCUGUUCGAGGAGCUCAAAACGGUGCCGCAAACCUUCACCAACGUGAAGGAGUACCAGUCCGUCAUGGAGCCGCUGUUGCUGGAGGAGUGCUGUGCUCAGAUCAUGCGGGGGGUGGAGGAGGGGGAGGUCAUGGCGCCGCAUCCCGCGGUGGUGGCCAGCCACGAACAUAGAGAGGACUUCCUCAUCGUUCGAUUAGUACUGCAGGCGGGCAUUACGGAGAGCUACACGGACAAUGACGUGGUGCUCAUCUGCAAAGAAAACCCCGAGGCGGAUAAUGUCGGCACGGGCUUACAUGCGCUAGGGUUUUGUGAGGCACACGAGGGGCAGCAGGUUCUUAGAAUCAAGUUCUAUUUGGUGCCCUCAAGCCAGGCCGGCGGGGCGCGUGGGGCUCAGAGGGCCAAGGCCAUGUCCGCCGGCCUCACCACCUGCUCCUCGUGCUGGUGGCUGCUGCGGCUGGGCAACAUCUCCACCAUCACCCGCGAGUGGACGGCGCUGCGUCACGCGCACCUGAUGUCGGCUCUGCAGGCGGGUCUCGACGGCACGCCGGUGGUGCUUAUCCAGGGCCCCCCCGGUACGGGCAAGACCCGUACGAUUCUCAACCUGUUGUCGGUCAUCAUGCAUUCGGCGCACAAGGGCAGCAUUGCGCUCAUGAACAGCGUGGCGGCGGCGGGGGCGGAUAAGGCGGCGGGAUCAACCGGCAACUGCCGGGAUGACAUCACGCCGUACGAUCCCGUACCACCCGGCUCGGGUGUCCACGAUGACUGCUUCGGGCUGCUUCGUCGAGCCGCGCCUCACCGUCUGGGCCAUAGCAUGGGGCCCAAGGCGCAUGUGCUCGUGUGCGCACCGUCUAACAGCGCGCUGGACGAGAUUGUAAUGCGAAUCCUCCGCUCGGGCCUUAUGGAUAAGGACGGAGCCAACUUCGCUCCCAGUCUGGUUCGCGUGGGCGUGAGGUCGCAUCACAGCGUGGCGGCGGUGUCUUUGGAUACCAUUGUGGAGUCAAGGUUGGGAGGGGGGGAGAAGGGCGGCGGUAAGGAGUCCGGGGUUGUUGGUGGCGGCAGCGCCGGGGCUCAGGAGCGGGACCGUAUGCGGGUGGCCAUCCUGGACGAGGCCAACAUCGUGUGCUCCACCUUGUCCUUUGCGGGCAGCUCCGUGUUUUCCAGACUGAGGUGGUUGGGAUGCCGCAAGUUCGACGUGGUGGUGAUCGACGAGGCCGCCCAGGCGGUGGAGCCCUCCACGCUCGUGCCCAUGGUGAUGGGGUGCAAGCAGGUGUAUUUGGUGGGUGAUCCCGUACAGCUGCCCGCCACCGUCAUAUCCACCCGGGCCAUGGAGCAGGGGUACGACUGCUCUCUAUUCAAACGACUGCAGGGCAGAGAGAAGGAUAUUUGCAUCUUCUCUGCCGUACGAUCUCCGGCGGUUUCAAAGAAGGGGGGACGCAGACCCGGCAUCGGUUUCGUGGCAGACGAGCGGCGAAUCAACGUCGGCAUCACCCGUGCGCGCUGCAGCCUCAUCGUCAUCGGCAACAUAAGGGCCCUGCAGUCUCGCGCCCGGGCGGAGCGCAAGGCCGCCGAGGCGCGGGCCAAGGAGGGGGGCGCCCACGCGGAUAUGGAGGGCACUGGGGACCUGGCGGGGGAGGGGGACGGCGGGGAGGGGCAGGAGGCGGCGGCGGCGGCGGGCGGCGAUGGCGGCGGCGGAGAGGAGUUGGAGAACCCUGGGGCGGAUGAAGGGUCGUUUGGAGCUGGGGAUGAGGAUGAGGAGGAUGGUGAGGGUGAGGAGGAGGACAAACCCAUUCAACGGGAUGCCGCGGCGGCCAUCACGGCGGACCAGCUGGCGGCGGCAGCCGCCACUGGCGGCGGCGGUGCCGGUGGCGGCGGCGGUGCCGGUGGCAGUGGCGUCUCCGCCGCCGCCGCCGCCCCCCCUGCCGCCACUCCUGCUGCUGCCGCAUCCGCACCCACGCCCACCAAACGCAAGACCGCACCCGGCGGCGGCGGCGGCGGCGGCAAAACCGGCAAGCGCGCUAAAGCAUAA